GAGAGGGCGGCUUCGCUCGGGGAGAUAUUUCACCGGGACGGGAGGCGUUUGAAGUUUGUCAGCCGCUGAGCAGAACAAAGGGGCCACGUUUGACCCGCUAAUGGGCCCCGUUGUUAGCGUGCGGCAAUCCAACAAAGUCGCCUCCACGAGGGACAUUGCACACACUCUCCCGGCUCGCGUAUCUGUCAGCCCUCGCUCUCUCUCACUCGCACGUGUCUCACUCGCACGUGUGUCUCAGCAUAGCCGCUAAGAAGAACGCCUGCACCGCCGCCGUGCUUAUCAUUGCACGUGGCUCCGUCAUUGCCCGUAGACGAGGCAUGACGAGAGGCUAUCUUAACGAGGACUGAAUUAAUGGUGUCAUUGCCAUUAACUAAGUUAUUUAGCAACAGCAACGACAAGUAAGGGCGGUGCGUGACUCGGGCGGUUGCUGUGGCGAGCCCCGCUUCGCUCUCUUUCAGCUGAAGGCUGCAAAGGGGAAGCACUCCGCUGGGCUGUCUCCAGCCUGAACGAUCGCAGCCACGACUCGUGGCGUGCGUGCCCUUCGCGCCGCGUCGGCUUCAAAGCAGCGCUGCUCUUGUCAACUACAAUUUGGCAGCCAGCCACGGCGGUGGACGACCACCAUCGACCAUCGCGUGUCGCAUCAGCGACGUGCCACUUGGGCGAGACGACAGCGACCAUCCCUUCCUCGGCGUGCGUAAAAGGCGACGCAGCCUUGUGGCACCGUACGCACCCCUCUCUCGACAUACACCGCAGCGAUAGUCUCUCCAUAGGUAGGCAGACGUAACAAGCCUCGCAACAGCGGAGAGGUGAGAUGACGGACAAGUAUGAGAAAUUGCGCAAGAUCGGCGAGGGCUCGUACGGGGUGGUGUUCAAGUGCCGGAGCCGGGACAGCGGGAAGAUCGUGGCCGUCAAGAUGUUCGUCGAGUCGGAAGACGACCCGGUGAUCAAGAAAAUAGCCAUGCGCGAAAUCAGAAUGCUCAAGACCCUGAAGCACCCCAACCUGGUGAACAUGCUGGAGGUGUUCCGCAGGAAGCGCCGGCUGCACCUCGUCUUCGAGUUCUGCGACCACACGGUGCUCAACGAGCUGCACCGCUACCCCCACGGGAUUCCUGAAUCCCAAGUGAAGAGCUACAUCUGGCAGAUCCUGCAAGCGGUAGCUUACUGCCACCGGCAUAACUGCAUCCAUCGUGACGUGAAGCCUGAAAACAUACUCAUCACCAGGCAGGGCGUCAUCAAGCUGUGUGACUUUGGUUUCGCCAGGAUCCUCACGAGUCCCGGGGACGAGUACACGGACUACGUGGCCACGCGCUGGUACCGCGCGCCCGAGCUGCUGGUGGGCGACACGCAGUACGGGCCGCCCGUCGACGUCUGGGCCGUGGGCUGCGUCUUCGCCGAGAUGCUCACGGGCAACGCGCUGUGGCCCGGACGCUCCGACCUCGACCAAAUCUACCUCAUCACGUGCACGCUCGGGGACCUCAUUCCCAGGCACCAGCAGGCGUUCGCGUGUAACCAAUACUUCAGUGGACUGGGAAUCCCCGAGCCCGACGUCAUGGAGCCCUUGGAGAUUAAAUUCCAGUCGCUCAACAGUCAAGCUCUGAGUUUUAUGAUGAGCUGCCUGAGGAUGGAGCCGACGGCAAGGCUGAGCUGCGAGGCGCUGCUACAGCACGCGUACUUCUACGCGUUCCGGGAGGGUGACGGGGGUGGCGGCGUGGGAAGCCGCGAGCCCGAUCGGGGCGAGCGCAGGCACGACAAGCGUGGACGCAAGCGCCUCCCCGCGAUGCUGCUGCUGCCGCAGCUGAUCGGCAACAGCAACUCGCCGGCCCCGGAGGUCCGGAGGUACGUGCGCAACAAGCACGACCACCACCUGCCCACCAUCUGACGGCGCGGGGCCACUGGAGCGUGCCGUCGUGGAGCUGCGGCGGAGGCGCUACCGAGCCCCUUUGUUUUCCCGUUUUUUUAAUUUUUUUUUAUAUAUUUUUAAUUACGUUACUUUAUAAAUAACUCAUGAGCCAUCUGCCACAGUCUUGCAUUCUCCGUUCGGUUUAGGAAUAAAAAGUCAACGAGGGUGGUGUGAAUGUGUAUGCAAAAUCGAAAUAAAAUUAAAAGGGAAUGAAACCGUAGGGUGCGGGGGGACGGGGGUGCUAGCAGAUGUCUGAAAUCUGCACGCCGAGUGCUGGGAGAUGGGCAGGGUGCCUGGGCCUCGGGGGGGGGGGUGGCGACUGUGAUUGGAUUCUCCUUGAGCGCUGGGGAGCAGGAAUCAUAUCGCAGUUAUGAUUGCAGCGUGCACGCCCGCGGUGGGCCGCGAGUCGGUUUCCACUGCAGUCCGCACAGGAUCACUGUGGGUAUUUUUAUUCUUAUUUGCCGCUCCUUUCCCGCACCCUUAACUUAUUUAUGCAUUCCUUUUCAGCAUUAGCACGGCUGGCUACGUACGGUGCGAAAGCAGUUCAACAUACAUACAUACAUUAGGUGCGUGCCUCGAUUGCUCGACACCUCUCUCUCUCUGAUGUUUCUCCUCCUUAAAAACACUCCCGAACUGCCCCUAUCUGCAGCUUUCUCCUUCCCUACCCUAAAUCAAUGACAGUUACAUUUAUAAAUAUAUACGAUUGCGUUCCCAGCAACAAAAUGUGCCACCACCGACGUACAUGAUUCUAUGGAUACCUGACAGUAUCUUUGUUGACGAUCAUCAUCACCAUCAUCAUCAGCGGCAAUGCUCUAUCCACUGCUGGAUGAAUGCCUCCCCAAGCCGUCGCCAUCUCUCGUCUAGGUCCUGCACGUUAUCUGAGCUUCUCGCUUCAUCUCCGAGGCGGAUGACCUCCUGGGCGUGUUUCCUCCUUUAGCUGAAACUUCAUUAUUCGUGACAACCACCGGGCAUCGUCCCUUACAAAAACGUGUCCACCCGAAGCUGAUAGCAUCCGUAAAUGAUCAUGACGAUGAUGUUGUUGAUGACGAUAACCGUGAUAAAGGUGGUGGCAUGAUUAUGGGAUUAACAUGACGACAAUAGUAACUGUGAUGGUGAGUAGUCUAUAUACAAUUUGUCUUUGUAGGCUUUUAUGCAUUAAACAUGCAUAUAUGAUUGAAAGCUGUAUUGCAAACUGCCAGGAUGCUCAAAUUUUAAGCAGCUGUUGCUGUUUAAAAAGUCGAAUCUCACAAUGGGGUAAAACUAGGGCGGCUACAUCUUAUCCUUGACACCAUUACCUGCGACUCCUAUUAUCCGUGGCAGCUGUGAGGUUCACAGACACUCCUAUUAGCCAAGAUCCUAUUCUUUCUAUUAUUCGCGAUUCAUGUGUGGAUUUGCCCAUUCCUGAUUUGCGAAACGGCUUCCUGUGUGUGGAAUUUUCCCGGACAAGAAGUCACGCGGUAAAAUACAUCCUAUUCUCUGCGAGUGGCCAUGCUUUUCACCGCACAGGAUAAGCGACACAAAUUGUACGGAAGCCCCGCAGGUCUGCCAUAUCGGUUUCCCUCCGUGGGAGGAGUUAAGAGGAGUUGUAGGUGCAAAAAUAGAAAAUGAGAUUCCGAGUUGCUCAAGUUGUCCGAUGACGUGCCGGCUUUUAAUUUCAUCUCCCGUGCAACACGCACACCGCUGUCUGCUCUCGCCAGUGCCGGCGAUACAAUCGCAAUUCGAGUACCUUCCAUUGCACCUGCCACGGAGCUUACGAUUGUCUGCGCACAUUUGCGUCUCAGCGGUUUUUCAUGAACCCCUUGUCUCCUCAGACGGCGGCCUCCCCUCUGUCCAUGCAACAAUACGCCUGCUUAUAGAUUUGAAGUUUUCGUGACUGCAAGGAUUCAUACUCUUUGGUUUUUUCGGUAAAGUCACGUAGGUAAAAAAUAAAAUAAAUGAAAACAACGAAAUGAAAUCACGACGUUUCGGAGGCAACACGAGCUUCAAAAGAACUGUAGAGAGCUACAGUUAUUUUGCUGUGCCUUUUUUUUUACACCUGAUGAAGGAAGCUUGUGUUGCCUCCGAAACGUCGUGAGUUAAUUUAGUUGUUUUCAUUUAUUUUAAUUUUAUUUUUUACCUACGUGACUUUACCGAAAAAACCAAAGAGUAUGAAUACGCCUGCUGCCAUAGACAGCGGGGGAGAAUAUUCCUUUGGGAGACUGAAAUACGUUUUUGUGGGGGGCAGUGGACGGGGGGGGGGGGCGAUGACGACGACUGAAAUAUGUUUUAACUAAGCAUUUUUGUGUUUGAAUUAAAUAAAUGUUAAAAAUAUAUAUUUUGAAAAGUGACGUCCGAAAACUGGCAGAGCCCCUAGGUAGCCCGGGGCGCCAAAGGGUGGCGCGGGGUCCCCAGCGGUGACCUUGCACUCUGUCCACUUUGGACACGAGUUGUCGAGAUAUUUUUCAAAUUGCACGGCAUCACCAAAUCCGUUCGCACGGCACGCGCUCUGCUAGUGGUGCGACCUUGCACCCUCUCGCCUGGGCUGUCGUCCACAGGGGGUCCCGCUUGUGCAUGGCUGCGUUUGAAUGCAAACUGCUAAAUAGGUUCGAGGGGCCAAGCCCCGAUUGGAUGAACCGCACCACCGGCUGUGCUUGCUACAGAAACAUCAAAUGCUCCAUCAAGUUAGCCCCUGCACUAAUUGUCAUUUUUUUUGGCGCAAAUAAUUCCCCUACCCUGAAUAAUCA